AUGGAGGUGGAGGCCGCCAGGUGCGAGUGCUGCGGCUUCACGGAGGAGUGCACGCCGGAGUACAUCGCCGCGGUGCGGGCCGAGUACCUCGGCCGCUGGGUCUGCGGCCUCUGCGCCGAGGCGGUGGGCGACGAGGUCCGCCGCGCCGGCGACCGCGCCAUCACCACCGCCGAGGCGCUCGACCGGCACGGCAGGUUCGCGCGCGAGGCGCCGCGGGCGCCAGGGAAAGCCGCGGAGGAGCUCGUGGCCGCCGUCUCGCGCCUGCUCAGGCGCUGCCUCGACUCGCCGCCGGCGUCUCCGGCAGCGCCGCGGGGCCAGAAGGUCGCGGCGGGGACCCGGUGCCCGGACGCGGACGACCCGUGAUUGCCCGGCCGGCUCGCCGGUCGUAGGCGAAGCUGCUAGAAGGCUUGGCUAGUUGGUGGUUGCGUACUGCUAGUGCCAAC